AUUUGCCCGAUUUUUAAAACCCUGAUUUAAACCUUGGCUGCUAGAAGCAGGUAAAGUCGUUUUUAUUUGUGCGAAAAACACACCCCUCCAUGGGACGCGCGCCCUUCCGUCUUGUUUUUCAAACACUACGAGUACGAAUAACGAACAUUAGAACGAGGUGAGCCGACUACGAAACACAGUUCUUCAAAAUGGACCACGAUUCCGCCAUUAUCACCGAAGAAGAAGCAUCAUCUCUUCAGCAAAAGGAACCACCGAGGAUCCAUCGUCUCCAUGAGUCGGUGGUGAACAGGAUUGCCGCCGGCGAGGUCAUUCAGCGUCCUAUCUCUGCUGUGAAAGAGCUCGUGGAGAACAGCCUCGAUGCUGGCUCUACCUCCAUCAGUGUCAUUGUCAAGGACGGAGGUCUGAAGCUUAUUCAGGUCUCCGAUGAUGGCCAUGGUAUACGAUAUGAAGACUUGUCGAUUCUCUGCGAGAGACAUACUACUUCAAAACUAUCGGCAUUUGAAGACCUUCAGACCAUCAAAUCGAUGGGGUUCAGGGGAGAGGCGUUGGCCAGCAUGACGUACGUUGGCCAUGUUACUGUGACAACGAUAACUGAGGGCCAAUUGCAUGGUUACAGGGUUUCUUAUAGAGACGGAGUCAUGGAGCAUGAACCAAGACCUUGUGCUGCCGUUAAAGGAACUCAGGUUAUGAUUGAAAAUCUAUUCUAUAAUAUGGCUGCUCGUAGGAAAACACUGCAGAACUCUGCCGAUGAUUAUUCCAAAAUAGUGGAUGUAAUUAGUCGGUUCUCAAUUCAUCAUACAAAAGUUAGCUUCUCUUGCAGAAAACAUAGUGCGGCCAGAGCAGAUGUUCACUCAGUUGCCACAUGCUCAAGGCUUGAUGCGAUCAGGUCUGUUUAUGGUGUAGCAGUUGCUCGUGAUAUAAUGGAAGUAGCAGCAUCAGAUGAUGAUCCAUCUGGAUCAAUCUUCAAGAUGGAUGGUUAUAUAUCCAGUUCAAAUUACAGUGCAAAGAAGACAGUGAUGGUGCUUUUUAUCAAUGAUAGAUUGGUUGAGUGCAGUGCCCUUAAGAGAGCUAUCGAAGUUGUUUAUGCCGCAACUCUUCCAAAAGCAUCAAAACCCUUCAUUUAUAUGUCUAUUGUACUACCACCUGAGCAUGUGGAUGUGAAUGUACACCCAACAAAGAAAGAGGUAAGCCUUCUGAACCAAGAAAGUAUCAUUGAGAAUAUACAAACUACGGUGGAAUUGAAGUUAAGAAACUCCAACACAUCAAGAACGUUUCACACACAGACAGUAUAUCCCUUUGCAUCUGAUAGUCUUGGUUCAAACAGGAAUACUGAGCUUAGUCCCUUAAAGGAUGGAUCAAGAUCUCAGAAAGUUCCAGUCAAUAAAAUGGUCAGAACAGAUUCACUGGAUCCCAGUGGAAGGUUGCAUGCUUACUUGCAAGUUAAGCCUCCUAGACAACCUGAAGGGAAUACUGACUUGACCACUGUGCGGUAGGACUUUUGUUUCUCUA